UUAGGAUUAGUUUAGUGUGCCACGUCUCAGCGACGGAGUAAUAAGUAUGUUGAAAUUGAAAGUCCUCUUGGGCCUUUUGGCCGUUGUAGCAUGUCAGGAUGAUGAAUUUUUGUAUGACACGUUUCCUGAAAAUUUCCAAUGGGGAUUUGCAACUGCGAGUUAUCAGAUUGAAGGAGGGUGGAACGAAGAUGGGAAAGGGGAGAACAUUUGGGAUGAAUUUACCCACCGAACUCCCAGUCCGAUUUUCGACCAAAGUUCGGGAGACAUUGCAUGCGACAGUUAUCACAAAAUUGCUGAAGAUGUAGACAUGUUGAAAAACAUGGGGUCACAUUAUUACCGCUUCAGUUUAUCGUGGAGCAGAAUUUUGCCCAGUGGUAAAAAUGACUCCAUCAACUUGCUCGGAAUUGAAUAUUACAACAACUUGAUUGAUCUCCUCAUUGCGAAUAAUAUUGAGCCCAUGAUCACUCUUUACCACUGGGACUUGCCCCAACCAUUAAUGGCGGAAUAUGGGGGCUGGCCAAAUGAAGCGUUAAUCCCACAUUUCGUAAACUAUGCUGAAGUUGCCUUCCGAGCUUUUGGAGAUCGUGUGAAAAAAUGGAUUACAUUUAAUGAACCUUGGGCAAAUAUUAAUCCUGACUUCCUCAGACUUUAUAAAACAACCAGCACUUUGAGAGGGGAAGGUUAUACGUUGGGAUAUUCAACAGGGGCAAUGGCCCCAGGAAUUCAGGAUACGGAUCAACCUUAUCAAUGUGCCCACACGAUUAUCAAAGCCCAUGGCAAAGCCUAUCGCCUCUAUGACAGGGUGUAUCGUCCAGAACAAAACGGGACAAUCGGAAUCACCUUGGACUCUGGCUGGUUCGAACCAAAGAAUUCUUCUGACCCUACUCAUGUCGAGGCAGCUGAACGAGGGAUCCAGUUCAAGCAUGGAUGGUUCGCGGCUCCAAUUUUCUUUGGCAAGUACCCUGAUGUCAUGAGGGAGUACGUUGACCGAGCCAGUGAAGAGCAAGGCUUUCCUUCCCGUUUGCCAGAAUUCACACACGCGGAAUCAGUCGAAAUUAAAGGUACGUGGGACUUUUUGGGACUGAAUCAUUACACGACCGAGCUGGUGGAGCCCUUGAUCAAACCCGGCGCAGGAUGGGAUAAUGAUCAAGAUACUCACGGGUCCCAUGAUCCAAGUUGGCCAGAGUCAUCCGCAUCAUGGCUUAAAGUCGUACCAUGGGGUUUCCGAAAAUUGCUCAAUUGGUUGAAAAACACUUAUGGUAGCCCAGAAAUUUACGUGACGGAAAAUGGAUUCGCCGACUAUCCAGAUACCGGACUGCAAGAUGAUGGGCGAGUUAAUUACUACCGAGAAUACAUUAACCAAAUGUUGAAGGCAGUCAAGAUUGAUAAAGUAAGAGUAACUGCGUAUACGGCGUGGAGUCUGAUGGAUAACUUUGAAUGGGCAAGAGGAUAUUCUGAACGGUUCGGAACUCACUCUGUCAAUUUCUCUGAUCCCAACCGACCCCGCACGCCUAAAGCCUCGGCAGCUUUACUUCAGCAAAUUUUUGCAGACAAUGGAUUUCCUGCCCCGAGAAAAUAAGUUAUACAUUUGCAUCAUCUUCUCAAUGAGAAUUUUGAAUUGCACAUUCCUGUAAUGAAUAAAUAAGCUAAAAGUGUAAAGUUGGUGGCUGA